GAAGUGUGAACGAAUCAAAGAAAGCAAGACGACGAAAACAGACCAUAGAAAUCCAACACCGCUUCUCAUUUCUUACUCUAACACUAACAAUGCAAACUCUUCUACCGCCGGCACCAUUCGCCGGCAGGUUCACGGCGGUUCCACUCUCACUCUCAUCCAUUUCCGUUCCACGUCUUCCCCGAAGAGUUCCCACCCCAAAUUCCCUUCCCUCACUCCCUCUCAAGCAUACCGCUUCUUCUCCCUUUUUCAGUUCCUUCAUUUCUCACCGACCAUGGAACCUUCCCUUCACCGUAACCGCUUCUUCCCAACCCUCUCCACCUUUCACUCCCUCCACCGAUGAAUCAGAAAAAGCAAAACUCGAUCAGGUGUCGAAGAGAUUGGAGAAAACGGCGAGGCAUUUUAAGCGUUUAGGUAGCUUAGGGUUUUGGGGUCAGCUUGUGUGCACUAUUGUAUCGGCUGUCAUACUGUCGUUUUCGGUUGUUGUUACCGGAAAAGUUACUUCGCCGGCAACAUUUUAUGCUACAGCUGGUGGAAUAGCAGCUGCAUUCAUCUCAGUGUUUUGGUCUUUUGGUUAUAUUAGGCUGUCUGAGAGGCUUCGUAGAACUGCAAACGAUCCUACCAAGGCACCCCCGCGAUCUGAUGUAGUGAAAAGCUUACAAAAUGGUAUAGUAUUGAACCUUUUGGGGAUGGGUGCUGCUAUUCUUGGUAUGCAAGCCACAGUUGGAUUCUUGGUUGCAAAGGCUCUAACUACCUCUGCCAACCCAUAUUAUCAGGGGAUCGCUCCUGGUUCAAGCCCUGUUCUCGCGUUGGAUGUCUUUUUGGUGCAGGCUUCGGCAAACACAAUUCUCUCUCAUUUCCUUGGGAUUCUUUUCUCCCUAGAAUUGUUGAGAUCAGUCACAUUACCGCCUUCAGAAGCUCUUCCAUUUCUCAAGUUUGCAUAAGCAUUUUAAGGCCCUCUUUGUUGGUGGUUGCAUCUUAUAUUUCCAAAUUGAAAAGUUGUUAAUAAGUGUGAAUCAUGAUAGCUCCUCAACAAUUCAAGAUCCAUGAGCAGAUUAUCACAGUACCGGGGUUCACCGCACUGUCGACAGUUUGGGAAUGUUUGAGUUUGAACCUUGUCACCCUCAUAAUUGGUCCACAGUAAGUGUAAGAAUGGAGAACUUUCAAAUUGCAACUUUGAAACUGUUGUAUAUUAGACCUGUCAUGCAAUAUAAUAGCUUUUUAAACUCAAAAUACUGGUUACAUGUCUGUCCGUUUAAUAAGAGAUUGCAGGGUUGAUUUUGGUUC